GGUUUUUAGUUGACUUGCAAUGUAUAUAGAUAUGUAUGGUCCAGUCAAAUAUUGCAAGCUGAAUUAGACCCACUUCCCAUUAUUCGAUUGAGCUGAAAGUUCACAUACAAGUAUGAAAGUUGGGUGACAAUGCAAUAUUAUGGUGCCCAUCGAUCGAGCUGAUCUAAUGAUGGAUACAGGAGGUGGCCAUAGGAACUCUGUGACUGAUAAAACAACGCAACCCAAUUACGUUUGGGUUUGUUAGAGUUGUCUCGAUGAGUAUUAGUUGCCUGUUGAAAAUAUAGUCGGUGAUAAAAGCUUGUAUCAAAAAUAUUAUUUUUGACCAAAAAUGUGCCUGAACCUUUGAUGUUUUAGUGCACACAAAUCCUAUCUAUACUAAUCGGUCGGACAGCCUGCCGGGUGAUCGCAAAUUAGCUCCCAACUUAUUGGCCCUUCAAUGUUGACCUGACUAUAGCAUUUUCCCGAUAUCUUGGCCUAAUGUGUAGAUACUUAAAAGUAGGAAGUAACUUUACUCUUUGAUCUCGACCUUCAGAGCUCUUGACAUAUUUCAUGACAAGUGGCCUUGUCAUGUUUGUAAAUAACCUUAUGAAUUUGCUACGUAAAGUAUACUUGGUUUCUAAAAAUGCAAGAUUAUCAAAUAAAGAGUAAUUUUAUCACUGCAGAUAAUAUAAAAAACAUGACAGUUAAUAACUAUCCGCAAGAUGUAUUCCGCCAAAAAAACUUCUUGAACGGCCUUCAGAAUGCUCGGAACCUCUUGAAACACCUCCAAGAAAGCCUGGAAGAAACUAGAAAGUACGAGAAUGAACUUAUGCGCUGUAGGAGCACACAUCUCCAUGAACAUGAAGACCACACAAUUAAUGAGUGGUUGAGCGAUCAUGAGCAUGAGCAAAACCACAAGACAUGGCAAUCAUCAGGCUCUGAAACGCAAGACUACGGAGCCAUAGAAUCGUGGUCGACUAUGAGCAUUGUCUGUCUACAAUAUCAAUAUGAAGAACUAUCAAAGCGCUACAAAUCUCUGCUCUGUGAGUACUCGUCUUGUUGCGAAGCCGCCAAUGCUAAGAACACGGAGGUAGCACGUCUGCAGGCGCUCGCGAGUUCCACUCACGCGCAACUCAUGGACGCGCAUACGAUGCUAUUAGCUGUUGGGGAGAAAUACAUGUCGCUGCGAGAGAGGAAGCUGGCCAUGAAACACGCAUACUCCAAAAAAGUUCACCAACUGAGGAGAGCAGUUAAAGAGUUGAUAGCAGCCGCAGACAGAGCGAGGCGCGAGCUCGACUCGAGUCUGAAGAAAGCGAUGAGGACUGAACGGCAUGGGGCAGCUGCUAUGUUGCUUGCUGAGAUUCAAAAAUGCAACAAUUUAUGCUUAGAAAACCUUCGCUUAAAGGCUGAAGCUCAAGAAUUAAUCCCACGAGAGAAUACUUUUUAAUAGAAUUUUAUUUAGUAAGGCACCUAUUAUUUAUAGUACGUAUAUUAUUAAGAAUUAAACAAGGUUUGUUAUCAUUGAAUAAAAUAUAUCCUUAUUUACAAAUUUCACAAAUAAAGCUAUGAAGUUGUUUAUUAUA